AUGUACCUCCCUACUCACCAUGAAGAUCUUGAUGGACUACUUUCUCCUCGCCCCGUCAAGCAACCUCCCACCAUACUCCAAGAUACUGUAAGUGGCUUACCACCUCAGGAAAACAAGGAUCCCACUAGAAUUAUCCCAGCUGCAACAUUACUAGGUCUGAAUGAAUCCUACUUCACCUACUAUUUAAGAAAGAGAGGGGCUCCCAUCAUUUUCUAUGUAUGGCUCUUAGAAAAACUGGAGUGCAUACCUCCCCUAGUAGUGAGAUACUUACCUUUCCGUCUUCCAUGGAUAGAUCAGAAGACAAUUGUGAAUAGAUCCAAAAUGGUAGCGAAACAAGUUAUCAGCUCAAGAUCUGCUCUCAGUUUGGGCUUCAUCUCCCAAUUAUGGGUGGAUACAAAUUCUUGGCUGGUGGUGGUUAUAGAGGUUCGUCCAAGCCUUCUUUCUGGGGAAUCAGAAAGAUUUCUUCUUGAUGAUGUUAGUCAGGUAGGUGAUGUUGUGCUCGUUCCAGAUGAGAGCGUGAUGGAAAAUGAAAUGAAAAUGAUUGGACUGGAGACGUUGGUAGGAUAUGAUGUGGUAACCGAAGGUCAACGAAAUAUGGGAAAGGUGCGUGGUUAUACCUUUGACAUCAACACUGGAGCUAUAGAGUCUCUAGAACUUGAUUCCUUUGGAAUAUCUAUCAUCCCCUCAACUUUGGUAAGCACCUAUUCUUUGUUUGUGGAGGAUGUGGUUGAAGUUGAACCCGACAUGGUUGUGGUUCAUGAAUCAGCAGCUUCACGCAUACAAAGGCUCACCAAGGGUUUAUGGGACACUCAUCUGAUGGGAAACUCGAUUAAUGACCCAAUAAAAGAUUCCGAUAUAGAAAGUACGACAGAACUUGAUCAAAAAAGAAACCGAAAGCCAACAAAGUUGAGGAAGAAAUGGAUCGAUGCAUUGGAUGGUUUGGAACUUCCUAUGGACUUUUUGUGAUUGGAGAAAUGAACCCCAUAUAUAUUUUACAUAGCUCAGUCUCUUUCUUUUUACAAGCAUAUAUAUAAAAUUAAAAUUUAGUUUUUUUUCU